AUGUCUCGACGCUGCAUCGUUGAGACUAGUCCCGAUGGCCGUCCCCAGCUCGUAACCAUCAAGCGCUCACGAUCCUAUCAUCACACUCACCGACAUCAAUGCGACUAUUAUAAAGUCAGUCGUGAAGAAUGGAGAACUCUUAUCCGUCAAAACGAGCUCCUCGAUGAGGCAAAUCAGGCCUACGCAACACAAAAUGAAACGCUUCGAUCAAGACUUCAUGCCUCCGAAGCCGAGACUCAUCGUCUCUGCCACGUCGUCAUACCUUCUCUCAACGACCAAGUCGCCAAGCUUUCACGCGAGAUUGAAUGUCUUCGUCGCGCCGCAGAAAAACCUUGCGAUCCUCCCGUCCACACGCUUCCCAUACCAACUCACCAUCAUCAUGAGCUGGAGCGUCUGCGAAGCAAGGUGUGCAAGCUUGAGAAGGAGAACAAGACUCUCAGAGACGACAACGGUGAUCUUCGCUUCAGACUUCGUGAGCUGUCUAAGCAAAUCGACCAAAGCCUUAGUCGCCGGGUCGCAGACUUGACUAAACAGAUUGAAUACUGGACUUGCCAAUCUGGAUUUUGGAAGAAGAAAUACGAUGAAUUACGGGAGCGCCAUUUGGGUCUGAUCACAAUUGUCGAGUCCAAGACGGAGAAGACAGAGUACUACGAUGACGUACUGAAGCGACGGCGCGUCUGUUAA